AUGUCGCAUUAUAGAGCCUACGAUAAGGAUGAUGACGUCCCCGUCAUCGAGGACACAGGCAUCCGCGCCGUAUAUGGGGAAGGAUCAAACUCGACCGAUGCCGACUUCUCCGCCUUCGACCCACACAGCGGCGUCAAGCGAGGCCUGAAGACGCGGCAUCUCAGCAUGAUGGCCUUGGCAGGCAUCAUCGGACCAGGCCUGUUGAUCGGCGCUGGAGGUGCGCUCUCUAAUGGUGGUCCGGCGGCUUUGCUCAUCGGGUUUGGCGUCAUUGGCAUCAUUGCUUUCAGCAUCAUGCAGAGCCUCGGCGAGCUUACCACGCUGUAUCCCACUGGGGGUGCCUUCACGGGACUAGCAGAUCGCUUCGUUGACAAGGGCUUCGGAGUCGCUCUUGGAUGGAACUAUUUUAUCAUUUGGAUGUGCGUUUUGGCCAACGAGUAUAAUGUGUUAUCCAGCAUCUUCGUCUUUUGGAGUGACAAGGUGCCUCUGUGGGGAUACUUCCUGAUUUUCUGGACGGUUUUCCUCGGGUUCCAACUACUUGGGAUCGAGGCUUUUGGAGAGGCCGAGUUCUGGUUGGCUCUUUUGAAGCUCAUAGGCUUGGUAGCCUACUUUCUUUUCUCCAUCAUCUAUGCUGCUGGAGGGAUACCUGGGAAAGACGCCCUCGGUUUUCGAUACUGGCAUGACCCUGGCGCUUUUACCGAUGGUUUUCGCGGCGUUGCAAAAGUGUUCGUUUUCUGCUCAACCUUUUAUGCUGGAGUAGAGUCCGUCGCCGUUGCGGCCACCGAGACCAAAAACCCGCGCGUCGCUGUGCCGCUUGCCAUUCGUCAGGUCUUCUGGCGGAUCAUUUUCAUCUACAUGGGCUCUGCUUUCUUCUUCGGUCUUACCUGUCCCGCAAAUGCCGAUGAGCUUGUCAAUGGAGGGUCUCGGGCUGUCAAAAGCCCUAUGACCGUUGCCAUACAAAACGCCGGAUGGGUGGGUGGUGUGCACCUUAUUAACGCCUUCAUUGCCAUAACAUGCUUAUCGGCUGUUAACUCAUCCAUAUUCAUUGGCUCUCGCACCCUCCUGUAUAUGGGACAGGAUGGAAAGGCACCCAAGAUUCUGGGUAAGACUGACGGCCGCGGUGUGCCUAUUCCGGCCAUUGUUUUCACCAAUCUUUGUGGUGCGUUGUCUAUGAUGAACAUCAGCACGGGCGCGAGUAAGGCGUACUCUUACAUCGUGAACCUCAGCGGUGUCUCGACUUUCCUCGUCUGGGGGUCCAUCUCUUUCAUUCACAUCCGUUUUCGGCAGGCGUGGAAAGCUCAGGGGCAUGCUGAAAGCUCUCUUCCGUUCGUAUCACUAUGGUAUCCUUGGAACGCUUAUUUUGGCCUGGCAGCCAACAUUUUUUUGGCCAUCGUGCAGGGCUGGACGACUCUGGCGCCUUUCGACGCCGGAUCGUUUGUCGACGCCUACAUCCUUCUGCCCUUGUUCCCAAUUAUCUGGUUUGGAUACAAAUUCUGGUUCAAGACUCAUUUUUGGCGAGCGAACGAAAUCGAUUUACUCUCCGGUCGGCGUAGAGAUCUGGAUGAGCCUCAAGAGAUUGAGACCGGCGAACUCGAUUUGAACAGGCUUCCGUGGUGGAGAAGACUGCUGAAGAGCUUCUGA